AGUUUUGUUUUUUGUCGGACUUCCGUUUUCAAGGGUCUGCAAACGUAAGCCACGGAGCUAUGCAAAGGUGAAAGUUUUCAAACCACAAACGCUGCCGCGGUUGACGAGUGAACAUCGAUUGUUAGCACAGCUGUCAGCCGUAAUCGAACGGUCAGGAGCGACAUCUAGCGGAAUGGGCAUGGUUAGCAGCAAGCGCCUGCCUGAUGCGGAGGGCUGGUACCAGGUUGGAGUGGUGGGGACAGGGAAUAAAGUCGUGGGCGCAGGAAGACUGCGAAUCACAGACCAGUUUCUAGAAUUCAUUGGCCAAGAUGGCGACAUCGGACAGUGGUCUCUCACCAGAGUUCUGAGUUACGGCGUAGAACCGAACAUUUUCUAUGUGCAGAUUGAAGAGGACGUGGUCACCAGGACUGGGCGGUAUCUGGUGUUCAAAACUCCCGCCGCUGGGAAGAUAUGUAGGACAGUAGAGAGAAUGGCGGACAAGAUUCGGAAAGAGAAACAGAGGCAGGAGUCGCAGGGCAACAUGGGACAGGAGGCAACGGCCUGUUGACCUUGACCUUUGAAGGACAUUUGGUGGCAUGUUGACCUUGACCUUUUUUUUUAUUGAUUGAAUGAUGGUCGAGAAUGACUGAUAAAAUUCGGAAGGAAAAACAGACAAGAGUCGCAGGGCAACAUGGGACAGGAGGCAAUGACCUGCUGACCUUGAACUUUGAAGGACAUUUGCUGGUCUGUUGACCUUUGAUCUUUGAAGGACAUUUCCUUCCCUUUGAACUCUAUGGAAUGAUGGUCGAGUAUUGCUGAUAAGAUUCGGAAGAAAAACAGAGACAAGAGUCUCAACUUCGGACAGCAGGAAGCAAAGACCUGUUGACCUUGAACUUUGAAGGACAUUUGGAAUUACUUCCGGUUGAACUCGAUGGAAUGAUGGUCGAGAAUAGCUCUGAUAAGAUUUAGAAGACAAACAGAGACAUGAGUCCAGCAAGUGUAUUUCGGUCAGGACGGCACCGCCUGUUGACCUUGAACUUUGGAGGGCAUUAAAAUUACCUAUGUUUGAACUCAGUGAACUAAUGAUUGAGAAUAAUAGACAAGUUUUGCAAUAAGAAACAGAGAAAAGAGUCACAUGGCGACUUCGGAAAGGAAUCUACGAAGCUGGUGAACUCGAAGUUUGGACGACUUUUGUCUACCUGUAUUUGUAUUCCAUGUAACAAUGGCUUGGAGAAAAAGGACAAAAGAACAAAGUCUUUGAGUGAAAAAAAAAGACGACAAAAUCAGUGCAGUAAAAUUCUUAGUGAACCCUUUUUCUUUAUUGCGCUGUAAAGAUACUUUGCUGUAUAGAUACUUUUCUGAACGGCAUUUGUGUCAUGCAAUAAAUAUAGUUAUUGGAUAUAUAUUUAAGGGUUUACAUAUAAAAGAUACUUUUAAUUAACGUCACAACAUUUUUUCUGUUUCAAACUUUCAUGUUUACUAGGAAGUUCUUUCGAUUUUGCCCAUGCCAUUUCCUUGUCCUAACAAAUAACUCCUUUCUAGGCACGCGCACUUGACUACAUAAAGCCAUCACAACCAAUUAGACCAACACAAAAGAGACACCACAAAAUAGUACUAUUCUUAGCGUGAAGUCUAAUAAAACAAAUGUGAUCUCUUCAUAAAUGUAUCGCAAUGCCAUUACAAUUGUCUAUGUAUGUGAUGACUACAUCAAUUAUUCAACGUUUUCACCACACGAAAAAGGUCGGGUGAAGUUAUCAAUAAGGUCUAGACAUUCAUGGGUGUUAAGGGAGGCUAUGGUACAAUGUCGCAGCCAAACAUGGCCGUCAACUUUCACAUGUACUGACAAGGCUAACAUUUAGGUUACAGAAUGGGGGAAUGUGAAUUUACGAGGCCGAAUUAAAGGCGUUUUGUUACAUCAAGA